AUGUCGGCACAAGUCCCACGACCUCGUCGGAUUGGCGGCAAGAGUCAUUCAAGCGCUUGGUUUGGCCUCGCUAAGCUGUGCAUGCACGACGAAUACAUGCGAGUCGAAGCCAUUCGGAGGAGCAGACGAGAUCGGGCACGAGCCACAAUACUCGCUGCUGCUGCACCCGAGGCUGCCACUGCCAGUGCCUCUGGUGGUGAUCGAGAGGUGGCCGAGGCCGAGGAGGAUAAGGAUAUCGCAGACGACGAAAGACCACAUGAAGGGGAGGAUCAAGGAAACAUCGAAGAAGUAGAGAAUGAGGCCGCUAUUGACACCGCAAAUAUUGGUGGGGUAAGUGGGGACAUCCUCUUCGAAGGCCGCGAAUCUAUUAAUAUCAAUGAUGACCCGGAAAAUGCGGCCGCCUCUCAAGCACAGUCCAAAGCCCAUUCUGUCAAAGCCAGCAUCACGAGAUCUCAUGCUGGUUCCAAUGACACCGCGGGCAAUGGUGAAGCUCAACAGAACGAGCCCUCGCCCCAACCUUCAAAAGCGCCGUCAGCAGUGACCCGAAACAGCUCAGGAGCUAGUCCCGCCAAUGUUUCACCAGAGACCGCCCAAGAACUGCAACGUGCUCCUUCAACACGCCACUAUCGACGUGGAAGUUCGAAAAGCCCGCCGAAUCUCAUCGCCACGCCCAUCAACGGUGUGUUCCAACAAAACGGGGAAUCCUCCUGCCGUCAGUGGACAUCACAGUACUAUCUCCGCUCGACAAGAGAGUGA